GUGAGUGAUAAAUCACGUGAUGUGCACGUGAGUAUGGGUUUUAGUCCGGCGCUUUCUCUGUUCUCCGUCUUCUUCCUCUCCAAACUCCGUGACAAUGCUUAAAACCCUCAGCUCAGUGAAAACUCAUCUCCGCCAUUACAAUCGCACAUGAAACCUCUCCUCUUUCUACUCGUUUCCUGAGCUUAAUCAUGCAAUUCGGGUCUUUCAAACCACUCUUCCUCCGCCUCGCAGCUUCCUCUUCCCCCACCUCCGUCGUCGAGCUGCCGCCAUUACCGCGUCGCGCGAUCUCUGUGCUGAUCGCGAGAUUCUCUUCUUAUAAAUCCGGCGUCGGUCAGUUUACUUCUACAAGACGACCUCAAUGCGACGACGAGUCACGGAUUGUUAGGGUUCCGGUGUGGUGGGAUUUCGAAAACUGUCAUUUGCCGGCGGGUGCGAAUGUAUUCAAAUUGUCUCAGACCAUCACAUCCGCCGUUAGAAACAGCGGAAUCAAAGGACCCAUCACCAUCACUGCCUUCGGAGACUUAAUCCAGCUCUCUAGAACUAACCAAGAAGCUCUCUCCGCUACUGGAAUCACUCUCACUCAUGUUCCUCAAGGUGGGAAGAACAGUACGGAUAGAUCUUUGAUCACAGAUCUGAUGUGUUGGGUUAGUCAGAAUCCACCUCCUGCUCAUAUCUUCCUAAUCUCAAGCGACAGUGAUUUCGCCAGUGUGCUACACAAAUUGAGGAUGAGCAAUUACAACAUUUUGCUCGCGGGAUACGAAGAAGCUACGCCUGGUGUAUUGUGUAGUGCUGCUUCCAUUAUGUGGGAUUGGGAUGCUUUAGUUAGAGGGAAAUACACAGCAUGUAAACACUUUAACCAGCCACCCGAUGGUCCUUAUAAUUCCUGGUAUGGUCACUAUAGAACUCCUCUUCUUGACCCAUUUGCCACCACCACUUCCAACAGUCAAGUAGUUUCUUUGACCAGUGUGAAAACCGUAGAGUUGCACGAAGCGAAUUCGGGUUCUUCUAAGGCAUGUCGUCGUAUCCCGAAAGAAGUUGUUAAGCAGAUUGGUUUGAUAUUGAGUUGGUAUCCUAAAGGAGCACCUAUUACUGAGCUCCGUGAGCAGCUGCGCAAGAGGAAAGUCUCUCUAGAUAGAGACUUUUACGGAUAUAAGAGUUUUUCGAGGUUUCUGUUAUCUAUGCCAAAGAUCUUAAAGGUUGUUCCAGUUGGAGAUGGUAUGUUUUUAAUUCAUGCUGUUAACCAAGAUAUGGAUAUCAAAGCCUCAUCCCCGAAGUUAAGUAGUGAGAAUCCCAAAAAUGUUAGUGUUGAAAAGAUGUGUCAGAAGAUGAAACAGAAUGAUGAAGACGUGAAAGAGGAAUCUCAAUCACAAGAGAGUUCUCCAGAGUCUGUUUCUGUAAUUAGGCAGGUGGAUGUUAAGGAAAAAGACGAAUCCAUGAAACAAAACCAGCUAGCUUUAACUGCUGUUGAUGAUGUUUCUUCUUCUGAGGAAAAAGACGGAUUUUGUAUGAAGCUAAAAAAACUAUGGUUUGGUUCACCUGAAAUGGAGUUAGAGCAUUUCCAAGAAAAGAAACAUAUUUCUGGAAAUGGAGACGAAGGGAAAAAAAGAGUAGUUGUUGAAGGAAAAGUGGUGGAUGAGGACUUAGAAUCUCGAAUUGCAUCUUCUACCUCUAGUGAAUCUGCUGGGGAGGUAGAAGCAGACACUAAAGUAGGCAACGAGAAACCUAAGAGUCCGGGGCUUGUGAUUCGACUUAUGAAGAGAUUCAAGUUUUUUUGGGGAAGAAAUUCAGACAUUAGCAAUGCAGUAGCAACUAGACCUCACGUACAUGACAUUUUUGCAGAAGAUUCUUUUUGGAAAGAUGUUGAAUCUUUCAUUAAUUCUCCAAGAGGGUUCGUCCUUGUUUCACACUCAAUCUCAAGAGAAGCGUUGGCUAAGAAUCUGAAGGACGAGGGACCUUCAUCUCUCAAACCUCUCGAUGUAUUCAAAAUGCUUGAUUUAGUAUCUCUGUUAAUAUCAAAGAAGGAAUGGAUAAAAGAGAAUCCUUCUGAUGCUCUACCUUUUAGAGUAACUAGGUUCACCGAGGAAAGCUUUUGUCUUAGCAAUAGACCUGCUACGGAUGGAUUGAGAUCGAUAUUUGUGAAUAUGUCAAAAUCAAUGUCUGACGAAGAAGAAGAUGGUAUGAGCCAGAGACCUAAAGAAAGAUCGAGAAGCCAGAUGAUUGCGGAUUGUCAUAAGCUGGUAAAGAAGAUAACAGAGGAGAACCCUGGUGGUUAUAACAUGAGUAACUUGAAGAAAGACUUUUUGGACAGAUUUGGAUACCGUUUAGAAUAUCAUAACCUCGGUUAUCCGAAGCUUCAGUCUUUGAUACAAAUGAUGCCUGAGGCUAGGAUUGAAUCAGGAUACAUUGUUCCUUCGUCAACCCCGGUUCCAUAUGAAUCUGAUUCAUCAUUCGAAGAUCUUGGUCCAGUUUCCAAAAAGACUCAUAAGAAUGAGCCAUCUGUUGUUACAGACGAAGAAGAUCAUGAUGACUCAGAGACGGAGGAUGAAGCUUCUUUAGAAAAGAGUGGCGACGGAAGGAAGAAAGAAGAAGAUGAAACAAAUAGCGAUUUACUCCAAAUUCUGGGUUCUUGGGACACUGACAAGAAGCAGAAGAAACCUACAGAGACUUUUGGUGAAGAUAAGCUUGUUGAAGGAAUAUUGAUUAGCUUGAGGAAGAAACCAUCAUGUGAGUCUAAGAUUCAAAAUUGAACAAGUUUAUUUUAACCGGUGGCUAAAGAUUCAGGUUGUAGAUGAAAACUUAGUUGGUAUUAGUGGAUUCAAAAGUUCAAAACCUUAGUGUCAUUGAGAAAAGCGCUUUUCAUAUUUUAUUAUAAGUUUUCAAAAUAGAUAAUUCAGGUGAUCGCAACAAAAGUA